GUCGAUCAUGAACUCCCGUUCGAAUAGCGCGCUUUUUUUGGGUAUCCGUUGAAUUUCUGGAAUAUCAAGUUUUCUCAUAUUUUAGUCGUGUUUUACUGCAACAAAUUUGCGAAAUCAAUGCGGAAGAUGGUAAUUAAGCUUUCUAUGUUUUGUAGUGUACAAUUUGGCUCCAUUGUUGCUUCGUAACUUGACCUGGGAUACUAAUUACCCUACUGAACCUCACUUUCCUUGUUUAAGAUUUGUUGGGGUCGACAAAACAGCGUAUUGAGAAUAACUUAGCAGUCAUGGGUACCCUGAGUUUGUGUGAAUCGUUGUUAUCCUCAAGAAUUAGGACGAAAUGUCGAGUAACCGGUAGGUCUUAAAUAGUUUGUAGUCCUUUCUUCAGUUAUUGAAGUAUUAUCGAAAGAAGUAACUUUCUUUUAUUAAUUAUUAAGUGCUACUUAUUAAGUUCUACUUACAACACCAAUAAUAAAAAUUAUUUAUGUUUUUUCAACUCUGUAGAUAUUCGUUAUUCCAGUCAGUAAUAAGGGAUAAUUUUGGACAGGGGCGUCCUCUUCUGUUCGCAUAGACUCAAAAAACAAUUUCGAGCAGAUGUAAUCUGGAUCUUGGCUAAUUUCAGAAGGCGAACUCUUACAGGUAAGCCUAAUCAAUUACGAAAUAAAUAAACUAAAUAGCUCAUCAUAUUGUUAGACAAUGCAGCCGAUGGAAAGUAAAUAACACACAUAACUUCCGUAAUAAGGCCCCUAGUUGCACCCCUGUUGAAGCAUAUAGCCCUAGUCAUUUCAAACCAAGUGCGGAACAUAAACUCGCUUCCCCCGUACAGUUCGCAUCAGAAAGUACUGCCACCCUUUCCUCCUGGAUAAACUCCCCAAGCAACUUCACUAGCUCAUUUGAUACAUGCCCCAGUAACUCUAGCUAUCAAAAUACAGAGCUAUUGAAAAACACUAAAUCCAUUACUUCAAACAUACAUCACUCACGCGAGGCUCAAGACAUCUUUAAUCGAGAUACUCUCUCUCACUUUAACUUAGUAGGCCACUUGUUUAAUAUGUGUCUUAUCAAUGCUAGGUCGAUCUGCAAUAAAAAAAACUGAUUUAGCUCUGUUUGCUUCCAUAUAUUAACCAUCACUUAUAAUGAUAUCUGAAGCAUGGACUAACAGUAAUAUUUCCGAUCUAAGUAUAUCUCUUGAUAACUACCUCCUAUAUAGAAGCGAUAGAUUGAAAGGACGAGGCGGAGGAUGCCUUAUUUAUGCUCACUCUAGCUUAAACUCACUAAUAUGCGAUAUACCUGAACUAAACAAACUGAAGGACUCGGUGUGGAUUGUUUUAAAGCCAUCAAAUUCCAUUACCUUACUGUUCGGUUGUAUCUACCAGCAACCUAACUUGGCAAUAGGUGAAAUAGCAGUAUUAUCAGAGGUAUUCACACUAGCAUCAUACCUUCCAUUCACAGGCAAGCUCAUUUGUGGUGACUUCAACAUGCCUGAAAUUUCUUGGUUUCCAGUCAAAGCUCCGAAACGUUAUGAAUCAUUUAUUGAAUGUCAAGAACUAGGACAGUGGACUCAAUAUGUUAGUAGCCCUACCAGACAUCAAAAUAUCUUGGACUUAGUCUUUACCAGUGGCAUCACCCCCAAUACUGUGUAUAUUGGAAAAAAGUUCCCAGGUAGUGAUCAUAACACUGUCGUAUGUAGUCUUAAUAUAAAAAACACAAACGGUAGACGUAAAAAUGUAACCCUUCGUAGAAACUAUCGUAAGGUAGAUUGGAAUAAUUUUCACAAUUACCUAAGAAGCACUGACUGGGGAACAUUCUUUACUGCAAACAAUACCGACACACUAACCAAUAUAUUUUAUCACAACAUCGAAAGUAUCAUGAACAAAAUCGCACCUUUAGAGUACUGGAGACCUGAGUUUUCUAAAGAUCUGUUUAUACCGGUCGGUACACGAAGACGUCUGCAGAGACAUUGUACUCGCUUCCACAACUCUAAUGACUUCUCCUCUUUAGUAACGAUGACAGAAAUACUUGUCCAGACAGACACAAUAAGUACACAAAUAGCAAUCGAACAGGAAAAACGUGCUGUCGAACUUAGUAAUAACUCCUCGGCACUCACCACACUCUUUCGAAAUAAACUUAAACGUUCUAAGUCGAGAGGAAACAUAUUUAUUAAAGACAAACAAGUAUACGAAGAUCCUAAACUUGUUACGGAACUAUUUAAUGAACACUUUUGUUCCUCAUUAACUGAUGAAAAACCACUUAAUGAUUCAGAACUUAUCACAGCAUCUGCCUGUGAGAUUACUAACGUAGACUUCAAUGUACAGAAUAUCUCUAAGGCAAUUAGUACAUUGAAACACUCCUACACUGAUGGACCAGAUGGUAUUCCGGCUAGCAUGCUAAAACGUGGAGGCGAUGAUAUGUGUGUUUUAUUACUCAAACUAUUUGCAAUAUCACUCUCUACAGCACAUUACCCUACUGCUAGGAAAACUACACACAUCAUUCCCAAAAUUAAAACAGGACCUGAAGCAAAUGUUGAAAAUUACCGACCCAUAAACAUAACUUCAGUGGUGUCUAGAGUGAUGGAGAAAGUAGUUAAAGCGGCGUUAGUCCAACAUGUAAUUACUAAUAAUCUCAUCUCGGUCUCCCAACAUGGAUUUCUUAGGUCCAGAUCAUGUGAUACAUGCCUAGUGGACUACAUGAAUGAUAUAACUCUGAAACGAGACAAUGGACUCCUUGUAUCAGUCAUAUUUUUAGACUUUAGGAAAGAUUUUGAUAAGGUUCCACACAAACGGCUACUAGCCAAACUACGGUCCUUCGGAAUCAACAACCCACUCUAUUCAUGGAUUGUUUCAUUCUUAAAAGGACGUAAACAAAUGGUAAAGUACAAAGACUGUCUCUCAUUACCUAGACCAAUAACUAGUGGCGUCAUCCAGGGAAGUGUAUUGGGCCCACUUUUGUUUCUCAUGUAUAUAAACGAUAUAUGUAACAUCAUAAAAUCUGGGAAACCAUACUUAUAUGCUGAUGAUCUCAAAAUAGUAUACAGUUAUAAGCCUCAGGUUCUAAGUGAAAGUGUACGCCUGAUUCAAGAUGAUCUCAAUAACCUAUCUGGAGCGAAAAGUGGCAAUUACCAUUUAACCUUCACAAAUACGGGAUCAUGCACUUUGGAAAGCACCCCUAUGAACCCCAACUUUACUUAAAUAAAAGUAAAGUCCAGACACUUAAUUCAGUACACGAUCUAGGAAUAAAUUACACAGGAAGCCUAAACUUUAAAGCACACGCCUCCUUUAUUAUUUCUAAAGCCAGACGUCUAAUUGGCUUCAUAACAAAAAGUUUCUUCACGACAGAUGCCAAGCUUACUCUCUACAAAAUAUGUGUACGACCUUCCGUAGAAUACUGCUCUUUUAUCUUCUCUAAUAUGAAUACCACUGACAAAAUAAGAGUAGAAGAUGUUCAGAGACGCUUUACACGCCAACUGCUAGGAAGUGACACCACUCUUGAUUACACAAGUAGAUGUAAGCACCUCUCUUUAGAACCUUUAUGGCACCGUCGAUUAAGGAACAAUCUGAUAUUUCUCUACAAAGCAAUAAAUGGACUGUCAUUCCUCACCUCCUGUCCAACUAUGAUCAAUGACCCUGCCUAUAGACUAAGAAACAAUGCAUAUAAACUAUUUACCGAAAAACACCAAAAACAAAUGCGUUGUAGGUUUUCUACAGUUCGGUAUAGUUUAUUGUGGAACAGGUUGCCAAUACCUAUCCGUAACUGUGACACCUUUACCAAAUUUAAAAGGCUAAUAACCCUGUUACUAAACUCUAAAGAGCUUCACCAACUAUUCCUUGAACUCCCGCCUACCAAUGAGGCACUUUAUUAUGGACCGCCCAAUAUCUAGACGGAACAAGAUUAUAACGAACUCCAUUGUCGUUAGUAUGAGUAUAGC